AUGUUGCUUUCUUUGAAUUCCAACCAUAAAGCUAGAGUAGCAGCUACUGCCUUUAAAAAUCUGAAGGAGUUUGAUAUUUUACGCCCUAGGCGUGGUUGCCGUGCAGGUAGACAGAUCAAGUCAAAGGUCAUAACAACUUCACCUGUUCGUUCACAUUCCUCAUCUUCUGCUACCAGUUUUUAUACACUAAGACAAACUUCGCCUGAUCACGUUAAUCUUGCUGUGUGGAAUGCACAGUCAAUUUGCAAUAAAUCUACCGAAUUUGUUCAGUACGUUGUCGAUCAUGGCAUCGAUGUUGUAUCAAUAACUGAGACAUGGCUUAGAGAAAAUGACAGUUCCAUCAUCACGGCUUGUAAGCCUGAUGGCUACAACUUCCAUUCAUUUCCACGGUCUACAGGUAGAGGUGGUGGUUUCGCCGUGGUAUCUAAUCUUCCCUCUGUAUUUAACAGAUUAGAUCAGUUUCAAUCUUUCGAAGCAUGUGAGACUGUAAUUAAAACUGUCUCUAAAAGGUUCACACUUUUAACAAUCUACCGACCUCCGCCUCAUCCCACUCUGCAAUUUUUCUCUGAUAUUUUGACCCUUUUAGAACAAUAUUCUUUAUCUUCAAAUCUUGUCAAUACUGGUGACUUCAACAUUCAUAUAGACGAUCCGAGUAAUAUACAUACUGCUCGUUUACUGGAUAUAAUUCAUUCACUUAAUCUCACUCAACUGAUAAAUUCUUCCACUCACAAACAAGGACAUACAUUAGACCUUGUCAUUACAAAUAAUCCUAAUCUUGUGAAAAUUUCACUGGUUCAUGAAUAUCCCUUGUCUGAUCAUUUCUUUCUUCACGUUACACUCGAUGCGCGCAUACCAGCACCUGCCAAGAAAUUUGUGACUUUUAGAAAAUUUAACAACAUUGACAUCAACAUUCUCGAUCGGAGAAUUGCGCAUUCUCUCUCUAAUUUUAGUGAUGACAUGGAUGUGAACAACGCAAUAACCCAGUACAACAAUACACUUACCUUACUUAGAGAUGAACUGGCCCCAUUAAAAUAUAAGACCGUUUCAAAUCAUGCAUCCCCUGCUUGGUUCACCAAUAAUUGUAGGAUAGCUAAACAAGCAAGACAUUCUCGGGUUUCUUACCUCCAGUCUAAGAUCGACGGAUGUGGACAUGAUCUGAGAGCUCUGUUCAAACUUGCCAACAAGCUACUUGGUAGGACAACCGUGGCAAAUUUACCACCAUCAUCCAGUAAGCUUCAGUUGGCUACUGAUUUUAACACAUUUUUUGUUGAUAAAACCAAACGUCUGCGUCAGAGUAUCUCUAUCAAAUCUGAAGUUUCAUCUUUCACGGCCGCAUCUCAUCCCUCAUGUCAUAUCACCAACAUUGAAAGCUUUGAGACAGUCAGUGAAGACACGGUUGCAAAACUUCUUAUAUCUAUGGCACCGAAAUCUUGUGAUUUGGAUCCUUUCCCUACCAAGAUUGUUCGUAAACUCAAUUGUACUGUCUCAUUAUUUCGUUCUCUUGUCAAUUCGUCCCUAUCCUCCGGCAUUUUUCCUGACUCUUUAAAGAUUGGUAUUAUCACGCCACUCUUGAAAAAAUCAACAUUGGAUCCUCAUUCGUUUAUCAAUUAUCGGCCAGUUACUAAUAUCCCUUUUGUAGCCAAGAUCAUUGAGAAAGUUGUCUGUUUAAUUCUUGUUAAGUUUUUAAAUUCCAAUAAUUUAUUUGAUUCUUACCAGUCAGACUUUAGAAAAGCACACAGUACGGAAUCUGCUGUAAUGAAAGUUAAUAAUGAUAUUUUGCAGGCCCUUGACAACGGAUAUUGUACAUUAUCAGUGUACCUCGAUUUGUCCGCCGCGUUUGAUACCAUCGAUCACAGUAUCCUCAUUGAUCGACUUUCAGCUUUAGGGCUUUCUGGUACAGUAUUAACAUGGUUCAACUCUUACAUAAAAUCUAGACAACAGUCUGUUAGAGUGGAAUCAGCCAUUUCAGUUCCAGGCCCAGUGAAUUUUGGUGUUCCUCAAGCCAUGGAUCUCGACCUGCAAUGCAAUGACAUUCAACACAUGAGGAACUUAAAUAUACCUCGUUGUGUUAAGCCAACAGACUUCAGCAUUAAAACCAAUCAGCUACAUCAUUUUGCUGAUGCAUCGGAAUCUGGAUAUGAAGCGGUUACCUAUCUCAGGAUGACGGAUGUAAAUGAUAAGAUUCACUGCAGCAUCUUAAUGUCCAAAUCUAGAUUAGCACCUCUGAAAGGCAUGACAAUUCAACUGCUUCUUGUUGAGCUUGAAAUACCUCUGUUGGAAUCUAUUGGUCGGAUAGUAUGA